GUCACAAAGGAAGUGUUCCGAUACUAGCGUCGCACAGAGUUUUGUACAUGUAUCGGCAUCUCUAGACUAUAAUCUUCAGCAGAGCAUAAUUGAAAAAUGAUGUCUGUGGAAUUUGGCAAGAAAAUCGUUGUUUUUAACGAUGAAGCAUCGAGAAGAAGUUUUGGAAGUAAGAGGUAGGCAUUCUUUGGUUGUGUUUGCAUGUGACACUUGUUGCUGAGAUUGGCAAAGCUGUUCUGCAGAACUGUCAAAAUCUGAAGCUACACAUUGUAUAGGUGCAGCGUAUUGACAAGUUAACGAAAAAGACUGAAAGGGAAGAACGACCACUAGUACUAAAUCUUCGCGUCGUUUAUAAGCUUCUGUGGUUUGCUCAGUGAUGGAUAAACUUCGAAGAGCCUUAAGUGGAAAUGAUGCCCAGCCGGAAGAAGAAAGCGGCAUUAUGCCACAGCUGAUGGAAUCAACGACACUUAGUUGGUCAACAAGACUGAAAGGAUUUAUUGUAUGCUUUUUAAUUGGCAUUCUGUGUUCAAUUUUGGGAUCCUUCUCACUUUUCUUUAGCAGAGGUCUGGUGCUGUUUGCUGUUUUUUACACUCUGGGGAAUAUCAUUACACUUGCAAGCACGUGUUUCCUAAUGGGGCCUGUCAACCAAAUUAAGAAAAUGUUUGCCCCGACAAGAGUAAUUGCAACAAUUAUGGUUAUCGUGAUGUUUGGGCUCACUCUUUUUGCUGCCAUUUGGUGGAAGAAAGCUGGCUUGGCACUGCUGUUUGUUAUCCUUCAAUCCCUUGCCAUGACGUGGUAUUCUAUCUCAUACAUACCAUAUGCUCGAGAUGCAGUUAAGAAAACUGUCUCUGCUUGUAUUGCAUAAUGGAUGCAAAGGAAAAAGCACAUUUUUCAUGUGCUGUGUUGAUAUUCUGGUAACAUUGGAGGCAGCAACUCGGAUCAUCAGUACAAGUUAAUUUAUAUUUCUCUGUAUAUGCAAGAGAUGUUGUAUGUGUACAUGAGUGUUCCGUGCUGUCCUUCCAGGAUGUGACCUGUAGCUUUCAUUACUGAUGUACUAUUUUACUAUCUAUUCUUGUAAAUAUCUUGAUGUUUGUGGUUAUAAAUGUAUUUCAAGGCUGACUGUGUGUUAAAGAUUAUAAAUUUAACUCCAGAAAUUAUUUUUGUACAAAUGUUGAUGUAAUCUUUAAAUAAUGUUUCAGGGCACAUCCUACAUUGUACUCAGUUACUGUUUUCAAAGAAUUGUUUCCUACUCUUUCUUCAUUUUUAGCUGACAUUAGUAGUCAGAGAAAAUUGAAUUUGAUUGUUCACUGAAUGAAAGAACUAAUUAUGUAGAAUUUGCUAUAUGAAAAGGAAGCAGAAACAGCUUCUACUUUUCUUGUCUUGUGAAAGGUGAAGCUUGGAUAGAAAAUUACACUGUACAGAAUUGCCAUAUUGUCCUCUCAAAUAAACUGAUGAAAACUUAUCAGGUAACUAAGAAACUCACAAGAAUUAUGUCAAGAAUAAGAAUAUCUUUGCCAAGUGUUACAUUUAAAAAAAAAAGAGUAAAAAGAAGUGAUUAGUUAGACGCUAUUUAUGUUAAAGUAAAAUUUCAUCAGUAGCCCAUUUCAUGACUGUUGCUAAUUGUAUGUACCGUUUCUAUGAAAAAGAGAGACUGUUGUAUUGGCAUGUUUUAGCAUGUCUGUGUGCCAGUUUAGCUAAUUCCUUCUGUACAGUAAAGGCAUUAACUUCUCUUAGGAUUUUCCACUUGCUGAUGUUUGCAGCCAGUAUUGGUACAAUUGUCAUUAACUAAGCAGUGUUGGUCAUACCAUGUCACCACAAUUGAAAAUGUGUGUUGGUACUGGUUUUUGGUACAAUUUGAUAUCAAAUAUAGAAGUCCAAUGUACUGUAUAGGACUGUUGUUUAAUUACGUUUAAUUAUGUUUCUACUAGCUGAUUAAUUUAAAUAGUGCAUCCAUGUGGCAACCAGUCAUUGUCUCAGAGCAGUGUAAUUUGAAGCUCUGACAUUUUUGAUAGCUCAUUUAUCUGACAAAGAUAAAAGAAAACCACUCACUAUACAACGGAAGUGUUAAGUAGUAAUCGGGUUUACAAAUGGAUUUUUUCCAUUCGUGAGAGUGAUCCCAAAGGUGCCACAAAAAUUUUGUGUAUGCUGAAGUACAGCAGACAAAUCAUUUUAAAUUUUUCUUCUACACAGUGCAUAGUUGUCUAUUAUCCUAGUAUUGUUUAUACUCAGCCAGUCAAAUUGACGGAUUUUUUUCCAUCUGUGUGAACAAAUGUUUCUUCUGACUAUCUUCUUGUUUUGCUUCUCAAAAUAUCAUGCCACAUGGUAUGCGACAAAAUAAGGUCCUGUUUUCACCAUUUUUGUCGUUCACAAUUGUUUCAUAUGAAGCUAUACACACAUUCAUGAUUCUUCUAGAGUAAAUAGCAAGUAACAUUUUUCCUUUGGGUGUAUUUGAGAUAUUCUCAUUAGCAUUGCUGCAACGUUUGACAUAAAGAGUAUAUGUAAAAAGAUAUUACAGUGUUGUGCACUUUCCUCCAUAAUAGUGUCUCGUGGAGUGGACACUGAAGUGUAAAUUUACUGUGGGAAGUGAGAGCGGUACAAAGCAAUGACAUUCGUAGAUGAAGCAUUGAAAUUUUUACUUUGCUCAAAUUCUGAUUGCAUUUCAUUUUCUGAAAGUGAAAUGUAAUUCACUCUGUAAGUCAAUUACAUAUGCUGUGAAUUUUAUAUUUAUAUAUUUAAUCUGAUAUAAACUCUCAUUAUUUUAAAAAAAGUAUGUAGACAGUAUUCAAAAUUUUUAUGUAAUGAUUAGGAAAGUUCAAUCUGCUGACAUUCUUAACUUGAGAAAAUGUAUUCCCAUAUGAAAUGCAGGAAAAAAAAUCGGUUCCACAAAAUUACCUUUGUGCCAAAACUUAAUGUUCUUUAUUUCAGUUUCACUCUGUUCCCUCAAAUAUUUGAAGUGGGAAAAAAAUGCACAUACCAGUUUUAUUCUAAAAGGAAUUAUCAUUAUACUGCUGAAGUCCAAAAAAUUAAUAAAAGUGUGAGAAAAGAACAAA